AAAGGAUUUAAUUCAAAUUAGUGACAAUGUUUAAAUAUUUAAUAUUCGUGAUUUUAAUUGCAAGUUCGCAAGGAAAACUUACUAUAGACAGUGAUGAUGUGCUUAGUUUAAUUCGACAAGCUGGAUAUCGAGGUAUUUCCUAUCAAAUAACAACUGAGGACAAUAAUGGAUGGAUUCUAAAACUUCACCGAGUUUUCCCUAAACGAAGAAUGGCAAAUACAAUGCCUGUAUUCCUUAUGCAUGGAAUAAUAACAAAUUCUGUAGACUAUGUAAUCACUGGAAAGAAUAAAGCUUUGGCAUAUCUUCUGGCUGACAACAAUUUUGAUGUUUUUAUGGGAAAUUCUCGCGGCAGUCGUCAUUCGUUCAUCGAUCGUAAAACAGCAAAUUAUUCAAAUUUAUGGAACUUUUCAUUCAAUGAAAUUGGAACCUACGAUGUUGCAGCUAUGAUUGAUUAUGUGCUGCGUCUUACAGGCAAAUCUAAAUUAUUCUACGUCGGUCACUCACAGGGAACAUCAAGUCUACUAGCUUUGCUAUCAAACCGACCAGAAUAUAAUUCAAAAAUUAUUCAAGCUCAUUUAUUUUCACCUGUAGCAUUCAUGAAGUAUCUGCCAAAUCCUCAUGCGAGAAAAAUAGUUCUUCCAUUCUUGGACAUGUGCAUCCAAAAUAACGUAAAGUUUUUGAAUUUUACGAAAAUUAUUACAAGUGUGAGUCCUUUGACAAGAGUAAUCUGUGACGUUUCAAUGAAUCCUUUCUGGAGUGAUCUUUGCAAAUCUAUUAUAUUUUUGUUUGCUGGUCCAAAUAAAUAUAAGUUGGAGAUUGAUCCGGACCUGCUGUUAAACCUUACUGAUUACUUAUCGCCAUUAUUAAGUGUACAGCAAAUGAAUCAUUACAUGCAGCUAUAUCGAAGUGGAAAAUUUAGAAAAUAUGACUAUGGCCGUAGAAAUGUUCAAACUUAUGGAACUUUAGAACCUCCUGAUUAUAUUCUAUCAAAUGUUAAGGUUCCAACUUAUAUUUAUCGAGGCACUGAGGACUCUUUAGCAUCUCGAAGGGACAUUGAUCAUUUAAUUGAAUUAUUACCCAAUGUGAAGUAUAAUCGAAUAAUUCCUAACUUUAAUCAUGUUGACUUCAACUUCGGUAGUAGAUCUCGUCUAAAUAAGUUUAUUGACAUGCUUAAAAGUUUAACAGUCUUAAUUUUAAUUGCAAGUUCACAAGGAAAAUUAUUUCAAGAAAGUGACAAUGUAUUAGAAUUAAUUCGACAAGCUGGAUAUCAAGGAGCUGCUUAUCAAACAGCAACUGAGGACAAUGGAUGGAUUGUAAAAAUUCAUAGAAUUUUUCCUAAAAGAAAAAUGACAAAUACGAUGCCUGUAUUUCUUAUGCAUGGAUUAAUUGUGAAUAGUAUGGACUAUGUAAUAACUGGACGGAACAAAGCUCUAGGAUAUCUCUUAGCUGACAACAAUUUUGAUGUUUUUAUGGGAAAUUCUCGCGGCAGUCGUUAUUCAUUUGUGGAUCAUAAAAGAGCAAAUUAUUCAAAUUUAUGGAACUUUUCAUUCAAUGAAAUUGGAACCUACGAUGUUGCAGCGAUGAUUGAUUAUGUGCUGCGUCUAACAGGCAAACCUAAAUUAUUCUACGUCGGUCAUUCACAGGGCACAACAAGUUUAAUGACAUUGCUAUCAACUCGCCCAGAAUAUAAUUCGAAAAUUAUUCAAGCUCACUUAUUUGCACCCACAGCAUUUAUGAAGUAUUUUCCUAAUCAAAUUGUUAAGUCAAUUAUAGCACCGCUUGUUGAAAAUGCAAUCCAAAGAAAUUUAAAGUUGGUGAAUUUAACAGAAAUUUUGACAGCAGCUAAUCCUUUAACUAAGAUUUUCUGCAAUACAGCCAUUAAUCCAGUCACUACAGAACUUUGUAAAUCGUUUAUUUUUGCAUUUAUUGGGACAAAUACAUUUCAUUCAGAAAUUGACCCAAAUAUUCUUCCAAUUUUUGUUGAUCACAUUUCCUACACAAUAAGCUUGCAACAAAUCGAUCAUUACAUGCAAUCUUAUCGAAGUGGAAAGUUUAGAAAAUAUGAUUAUGGAAUGAAUAAUAUGAAGAUUUAUGGAACUACGGAACCACCUGAAUAUAAUAUCUCGAAUAUUAUUGCUCCAAUCUACUCUUACCGUGCUCCAGAAGACCUUUUGUCAUCGCGAAGGGAUAUUGAUCAUUUGAUUGAACUAUUACCAAAUGUGAAACAUAAUCGAGUGAUUCAAAACUAUAAUCAUGCAGACUUUAAUUAUGGUAGCAGAUCUCGCGGAAUAUUAUAUUACGAUGUAUUGAAAUUCAUGAAAUCCGAUCCUAUUUAUAAUCAUUAA